CUCUUAAUAAUUCACCAAAUAGCCAGACCAUGAUGAGAUUAUACCGCUACAUCAUGUCUUCCUUCUGGAAGUACUUUGUUACUUCACCAGCUUCAGAACAGGGUGGCCCGGUGUUACCAGAAACUCUGGCUACUGCCCAAACCGGCGUUGAACCCAGCUCUAGUGAAAACUCAUCAUCUGGAGGACCCAUGUCGCUUCGGUUCGAUUCAACAAUGACGAGUGCCAGUGGUAGUAACUCGUACUAUUCCGAGGCUUCAACCGGUACAGAUGGUCCCGCGACCCAAACCAGGUCAAAUGCUUCUACAGCACCACCCCCGGCUCAGAAUACUGGUCCACAUGCACCACUGGGUGAAGACAUAGACUGCGUUUUUUUUCGAUUCCAACUCGUAUGUUGGGUCACCAACGAUAAAUAUUGACUCAGACGAUGCGACUGGAGCAACAAACAACACUCCCGAU